ACUAGUGGCAAUAGCUAUGAUCUUAUUUCCUCAGCGGUCACUUAGACAGAGUCUCUAAACAUCAAGGGUUUGGCUCAAGCUUGGACAACUAUAUCCAGUUUGAGGGGGUGGUGGCAACUCCCAAACACCGGAUGGGUCAAAGUUAAUGUGAAUGGCUCAGUUUCAAAGGUUAAUUCGAGAGCGACCUUAGGUGGAGCGAUAAGAGACCUAAUGGGGGUUAGCUUGUCAGAUUUAGAAUAGUAAUAAGAUUGCCCGAUAUUUUUCAAGUUGAAGCCAAAGCAAUACGUGAAGAUUUAAAGUUAACUUAGGCAUAGCGUUUCCGUCAAAUGGAAGUGGAGAGUGAUAUGACAUCUUGCAAAAUGGAUUAGUUGAAAACAAUAGUGUUGCUGAAGUUAAAAUGAUUUAUUUUUUAGCUUAAAAAAUUAACAAGUGAAAUUAGUCUCAUCUCUAGAGAUUUUAAUAAAGUUGCCAACUCUAUGGCAAAGGAGGCUAGAGAUAAUAUGGAGUGCGACUGAUUUUAGAAGCACAUAUACAUCAAGCGUUGUCUACGAAAGUGGUUGUUAAUUAGGCUAAUUAGUCCUUUAGCUUAAGUUAUUUUUUCUUACCAAAAAAAAAUCUCAUUAUAUUCUCUCUGGAUCGCUCUCUCUCACUUUCGCAGUAAUUAGUUGGUGUGAAGUUUGGUAUUUGUCUUUGAGUAUAAGGUAAUUUAUAUUUUCUUUCAAUUUUUUUAUAAAAAAAGAAUUGUUUUUGAAUCAUUUGUCACAGUUCUCAACUGUCUCUCCGUGUUCAUCUCGUGUUGUUGAACACCCAGAAUCAACGAAUAAUUAAAAAAAAAAAACCGAAAUCAUAAACCUUUGCUUUUCUUUUCACUUUCUUCGUUUAUAUCGAACCCAAAGGACCCUUUAUUCUUUUCACUCUUUUUACUACUUUUUUUUUUCUUUAUGUUGCUUGUUUUAUUCGAUCUUGAUCGUGGGGGUCGCGAGUGUUUGAUCACUUGAAGAGUUUAUUAAAGGGGUGGCAUUUUCAGUUGUGGUGGAUUUGAAGUUAGGUUAUUGGUGGAUAAAAUAAACUUCUUUUACUUUUUUUUGAAGUUUGUGUGAGUUUUUUUUUUUGGGGGGGGAGGGGGUUAAGUUAAACAAUGUUGAACUUAACUGCUGGGUUGUGAAGUACUAUGGAAGUGGUUGUUGUACGGCUACAAGAUGACGCUUUACAUUGGUCGCGAAGCUUCGAAGUUAUGGAAGAGAAUUUGUGCAGAGGCAACUACAGAGAUCAAUCUUCUUCUAGACAAUUGGAAAUACGUUCUUGCUGGUCUCAUUUUUCAGUACAUUCAUGGUCUAGCUGCCCAUGGAGUUCAUUAUCUACACCGGCCAGGGCCGACACUUCAGGAUCUUGGAUACUUUCUUCUUCCAGAGCUUGGGCAAGAUAAAGCCUACAUCAGUGAGAUGGUCUUCACCUUUGUUUUUUUGUCAUUUGUCUUGUGGACUUUGCAUCCUUUCAUCUUCAAGAGCAAAAAGAUCUAUACUGUUCUAAUUUGGUGCAGGGUGCUAGCAUUUUUAGUUGCUUCUCAGAUUCUUCGAAUCAUCACAUUCUAUUCUACUCAGCUUCCUGGACCAAAUUAUCAUUGCCGAGAGGGUUCGAAGCUGGCCAGGUUGCCAAAGCCGAGUAAUGUGCAAGAAAUCCUCUUAAUUAAUUUUCCUCAAGGCGUAGUUUAUGGUUGUGGCGACUUGAUUUUUUCGUCACACAUGAUCUUCACCCUGGUCUUUGUGCUCACCUAUCAGAAAUAUGGCACACGAAGGUGUAUAAAGCAAUGUGCUUGGUUGCUGGCAAUAAUUCAAAGUCUGUUGAUUGUAGCAUCCCGCAAACAUUACACGGUUGACAUAGCUGUUGCAUGGUAUACUGUUAAUUUAGUGGUAUUCUUUGUAAACAAGAAACUUCCAGAAUUGCCUGACAGAAGCAAUGGAAAUUCACCCGUUUUGCUACCAUUGAGCACCAAAGACAAGGAUAGUAAGACCAAAGAAGAGAAUCACAAGCUCUUGAAUGGGAAUUCUGUGGACCACGCAGAUCGGCCAUAGUAGUUUAACUUAAGGGCCAGAUUCUGGAAAAUGCCAAUGGAAUCCAUGUUGCUUGGAUGAUGGGAGCUGCUUGAAUCCUUGUGAUUUGUAUUAUUAGAAGAACAGAAAUUUGAGUAGUCCAUUGUGCAGUGCUCUGUGUCUUUGCUUAAAAACAUCAGCCAUCAAUCAUCAUCAGCAUGCAACAUGUAUCAUGGAAGUUCCCGAGUUCCUAUCACAGCUAUCAUCUCUUUCUCAUGUUGAUAAAACCCUCAUUUACUGUAACUGUUGGAAUACCCGAUUCUUCUCUCAACAUUGUGUGAAAUGGUGAAAAUUUUAAUUGUAGGUCUCUCGAUGCCGAAGGCUAUUGAGAUAAACUAGUUUUUAAAGUGAGAAUUUAAAUGUUUUAUAUUUCAUUUCAA